GAAGAAGUCUAAAUUCCAGUGGGUAGUUAAAGAGUCUUUACAGCGAAAAGAGGUAAAUAAAUCAAUUAUACCAAAUUCUUCGGCCACUACCUCUCGGCAGGUUUCUGCUCAUCUCGAAAAACACAAUCCCCAAUCUAAUCUGCUAGAGAAAAACUCCGCCAUGGCGAACAUUGUCCUCAACCCAGGACGUUUCCUUGAAGCUGGACAGCAUGUCCAAGAUGGGAGCCCUAAUCGUCUGCCUAGGGCAGACAUCACAGUGCCUGCUCCACAAAAACAACAUGAAGCCUACAUGCUAGCGGAGAUUGAGCCCCAAGUUCAUGAAGAUGAAUGGGAUGUUCAUAGAUUGCAGAUUCGAAAUCAUCUACAGAAUGAACUAGGUAUAAUGGUCACUCAUUGUUCUCCGCAUCCUCUUGGUGUUGGCCUCUUUGCUGUUAGAACCACAUUGAUUAGAGAUACUCUGGUUGCUGCUUUUGGAUUCCAUUACAAUGGAGGGCAUGUCGUCAGGUUUGACAAUCAUGACAAGGGUAUUAAUUGGAGGGUUGCUCAUGCUGAUAGAGUUGGUUGGAUCAUGUUUCUUGGGUACCCCCUAGAUUUUCGCUCCACAAGUUAUAUCUCUAGGGCAGUGGGUCUUUUUGGCAAGCUAGAUUACUGGCAGGAGGUUGAUGCUAUUCCAGUAAGAGUCCUCUUGAGGGCAUAUUUUGAUGAUGUUGAUUUGGUUCCAAGGAGGAUAGUUAUUAAACAGUUCCCUAAUCAGGGUGGACAGGGUGAAUCUUGGACCUUUGGUGUCUUUGUUCUUAACAAUGAGUUUGCUGACCUGCAACCUCAAGAUGAAGAUUUGCCACAUGUUGGUGCUCCACCUCCCCCACCUGACCCACCUCACCAUCAUGGCCCUGCCUGGGAUGAGAUUAAUCAUCAUCAUGGAGAUGAAGGUGCUUGGGGAAAUUGGGAGCAGUAGGCUAAGAAUCAACCUGGUUCCGAUCAUUCAGGGCUAAGUUCACAGGGUGCUAGUGCAAACUUACAGAUUGUUAUUGCUGCUAGCACUGAUAGUUCUCCUCUAUUUACUAUUUCUCCUGAGAUGCAAGGAAAGAUUGAUGAAUUUGUUCUUAGGAUGAAGCUGUUGAAAUCUCUUCAGAACAAGACACACAUACCUUUGCCUAUUCAAAAUGCGGCCCCUUUCACUCAACUUCUAUACCCCAAGAGGAAAGCUUUGUCUGUUUACUCUCAGUCAGUGUAGCCAGUGGUCAAAAGGGCCAACUUGAAUGAAUCCUCUUCCUGGGCCAUGGAGAAAAGCCUAUCUAUAGAUGUAAUACCAAGCACAAAAGGCCCUAUCUUGUCCCCAAUUCCUCUGGCUAUUUUGCCUCCUUCAGGAGUUCACUUGGAUUCAGAUAAGUUUCUCUUGGCAGGCCCUGAGGUUUCUGUUGGCAGGAAUGAGCCAGUUUCUUCGGUUGCUUCAAGCUAUGAUGCUCUGAUUCUUCCUAAGGCCCCUGUUAAGAAAAGAGAUGGUAAAACUAUUCUUUUUGAUCCAGUCAGGAGACAGAGCUCCAGGUUGAGGGCUUUAUCUACAGAUGUGGCUGCAGAUCCUAGGAUGGGGAUAGGAAAACCUAGAGGCAAAUCUGCAAAGAAACUGAAAGAAUUGGCAGAUGGGAGUCGAGAUGUGCGGCCUAUCUCUUGAGGAGGUGGCUGAAAGCAAGCUGGGUGGACAGAAGUUGGACUUGGUGCCCAGGCCUGCUAAAGAUGAGGAGUAGUUUAAGUUUCUUUAUGGCAGUCUACUUUGGAACUAAAUCUAUGUUAAGUGUGUGGUUUUUCUAUGAACCUUGUGUAAUGACAGUUAUUGUUCUCAGCUGGUUUAUGUUUUGUAAGGUUGACUGUCAUCUGUCCCUAUAUCAGACUAGCUUUGCUUGUUCUGUCCCCUUCCUGCUUUCAUUUUUUGGAUCAUGAAUCAACUUCGUAGUUGGAAUAUUCUUUGUUGGAACAUAAGGGGUAUGAACUCUGUUGAGAAGUGGGAUGCUCUUAA